UUUAUUAUUAUUUUUAUUUUUUACAUUCAAGGGGCGGUCUUUCAAGCUGGGAAGGUAAAUAUUACCGACACUGUCCAAAACAACCAUGGCUGCCAAGCCGUUUCUUUUGAAACUCAAUUCCAGGGUUCGGGAGAUGUAAAGGUGUUCGCGACGCUCAGUCACGGAAACAGAUAUGUUAAAAUCCACGACCCAGCGUCUCUUUGGGUGAAGUCGGUGUCAACAACAGGUUUUGAAGCCUGCGUGCGAGAAGCAGGAAGUGGCUCUGGUGGGACGUCUGUUAUAAACUGGCUUGCAUUUCAAGGUUCGCAUCAAGGUAUAAACUCAGGGAUCGUGGAAUUUAAUGAAUUCACGUCACGAACACAAUGCAAGAAGAUAUCGCUGAGCAUUCAGAAUCAGGUAACUUCGCGAUGUUAUCCAAUUCAUUCAUUUAGUCUUCCAUUUUAGUUUUAAAGUCAUUACUCAUGAAAAACCCAUAACUCAACUUCAACCUUAAGGGAAAAGAUAACUAAAACGCGCGUGACUACUUCCCAUCAGUAAAAUUCCAAAAAAUAGCCUUGUUUUGUAGAUUGUUUAAAUACUAUGCCUACAAAAAUCACCAAAAAAUGUAAUGGUUAUAGUGCUCCUUGAUGAAAGUUGUUUGAUAUCUUCUUCGUGGCUCUGCGGGAACAUUUAAUGCAUAGAUAAAUGGACACAGAGAUUACGUCAGCACAGAAUUGGCCUAAAGCAGCAAUAUCAUCGUGGCAUAUCCCCUUUAACAAGAAAAGGGCUUAGCACUAUAUGAAUCGUCCGUUUUUCCUAUGUUUUGUUUGCUUUUCAAGAAUCUCCUCCUUAUUCUGGCAAAUCGCCGCAUGCAAAACCGAGUAACUCUUCAAAGCCGCAAUGAAGUCGAUACUUGAUUAUUUCGAAUUCCCCAAUCAACAAUUGUUGCGAAGCUAUAAUGGCCAUGAGCUUGUCAUAAAGUUAGUCACUGUUAAUCCGGCCCUUUUCGGGGCAACGGUCGAUAAUCAUAUUUAAGCUACUUAUGGGGUGAUUUUGCCUCUUCUUUUAGAUAAAACCUCAAGUGUUUGUAACCGUUCAACAUAAACACUCUAACCGUCCUUUUGAUUCCAUGAACAUCUGGCUCGAAGAGGUCAAAGCAGACGGCUUCGUUGUUUGCUUGAGAGAGUUUAUGAGUUUCGACGGUAUCCAUACCGGACUUACAGUGGUGAGUUUUAAAAAAUUUAGCCCAGUCUUCGACAAAAACGUUUUUCUUUGUCCUUUCUUGUUAUCAAUUAAAUAUAAAAUUAAAUCUGAUUGUAUGGAAGCUAAUUAAAAACCUGGUGGUUAGUUUGGCCUCCCCUUAUAAAUUACAUAAAAAUUAUAUUAGGACUGAAUUAUUGUAAUACCUAACCCAUAAAUGUUUUAAAACCGUGAAACUAUGAAUUAGCUUUGCAAAGACAGCCUGACGAAAAAGGUGGAGGGGUGGACUGGAAGGGAAAGAAAAAAAAAAAAAAAAAAAAAAGGGGACGCUGAUCAGGCAGCGGGGUUCUUUCAUAGAGCGGCUUUUCAGCCUUAACAAAAUAUCCCGCCUGCUGCGCAUGUGCAGGCUUUUUGAAAAGAAAGAAAGUUUUCUUGAAGUCGCGCAUAUAAACUAUCCUCGUCAAUUCCCUAAUACAUUCUGUGCCGAAACUUUAGGGUUCACUAGUGUGUUGUGAUGUCACAUGAAAGCUAUCCGUUUUUUAUUCAUUUAUUUAUCUAUUGUUUUUUAAAUCUUAUUCAGCCCGGUGGCUUUGAGGCCUUCUAAAACUUUAAUGUUGAAUAAAUUUAAAACCGUUCACCUACUUGUUGGAAUGAUGAUUACACUAUUUUGUGUAAUCUUAGUGGCGGUCUCAUGAGUGGUUAUAAAGUUCCCGAAGGGGGACUUCGAAGGCCCCUUCCCUUCCAUUUCCAAGGAAGCCCAAAAACGCCCGGUCAGAAUAGUGUUAAAUGUAGGUCAUGGUAUUUUGCUUCUUUCCUAGACUGCAGAUACGAAUUUUUCUCAGGGUUCUCACCGUCAGUUUAAGUUUUCUUAAAACCAUAAGGAAAGACGUUUAAUGCUGUGACUGUUACUUGCGUCCUUCUCCUCUAGACUGCAAAACAGUCGGUUUUUUUCUCAAAAUCAGUAAAGAAAUCGGUAAAGCGUGGCGUAAGAGUCUUACGCGCGCGAAGCGCGCGAGCCUCACACGCCCGUAGGGCGUGUGAGGCGAGAGAAAAAAAACCGACUGUCCGUUUUCCAUACAAUGAGUUCGUUCCGACCAGGGGGUUCAAAAAUGUCGUCGAGCUGUCAAAAAUCUGUUCGCAACUCCGCCCUCUUUGUGAAUUUGAUAGACUAGCAUGUUAUUAUAGCGCGUGUGGCUUCGAAUCUUGACGCUGUAAUCCAGUAAUCCUAAAGCAGUUUUUAGCGUUGCUUCUCUGUGAAAUGUAGUGUAUAUAGUGAAAUGUAGUAUAUAUAGUGGAGGAUCAAAAAUGAGUGGAAGUGGCAGUACGACAACAAAGCCUGUGCCUGCUCCUCGAAGAGGGAGAAAGCCGAAAGAGCCGAGGGCUUUGGACAAAUUGUUGUGCGGCUGUUGUUUCAAAACACAGUUCGGCAAUUUUACGAAUGGAUGGAUAAGCUGGGAAAAUGUGUUUGUUGCGCCUACCAGAAAAGGGGAAACGUUACCAAUGUGGGUGGACCUACUGAAAAACGAACUUUUCGUUGUCCUCGAGGAAGGAGAAUAUUUCUCCACAAGAGCAGUUUGCUCUCCGUGCGGAACAACGGUUAGAAAUUGCCCCGGGAAACUGCACGGCGAUGCUUUCGCAAAUUAGAGAAGAACUGAACACGCCAACUGACAAUGAACAAUUAUUGCGACUGAAAAGAAUGAGUAAAUCUCCUCAUUCCAAUCCACAUCUUGGUGAUUUAGCUCUGUAAAUUACUAUCUAGCUAUCUGUGAGAAUUUAAGGUGGCUCCGUAAUUAAUACAAGAGCAUUUAGCUGUGGCAAAUGUUCCGUCAUAACGUUUUCGAUUUUAACGCGAUGGCUGCGAAACUUUGCAAAGAACAACAGAUAUCAUUUGGAAAUAAUACGAAAUAUUCCGAUUUCAUUGAUGGUAAAUAUUUCUUGAGAAAUUAGCGCUUAAAAGGACCCUAAUGUUCAAAGAAAAUCGCGUCUAGUAAAAAAUUUUGGUGAUAUUUUUUACUGAAAUUUCUGGUAUCGGCUUUAAUUGAUAUAAUAAAUGUGCCAGAGGAAUUUCAGAAAAAUCGUUGGAGCAGAAGUCCGUAACUAAAAGUCGCUCAAAAUUCAGCUGUGAAAUUGUUUUGGAAUUUCAAAAAUAAAUUACUAUCAGGAAGAAGGAGACACCAGUUUGAAUUUUCGGGACAAGUAAAUUCAAUGUUUGCUAAUUCUGAAAUCAAAAGCCGAUUGCCUAUCGUGCUAUUCUUUAAAAGGUACUUUUCAGUUUUAGAAGCACUAUAAAUCGCUCCAAACCUUGCUAUGACGUCGAAUGACUUUUCCUCGACAUUUUAAAAUAUCCUUUGGCAGUUUUGGUUCAAACUCCUGCUACAUACAUUUUGAUGUAUUGCAAUGCAUCCUCAACGGCUUUUCUUGCUGUACGUUGUUUCCAAUUCAGGAAAAAGGUAUUGGGAUUGUAAGCUACCUUGUAUCGAAGCUCAGAUAGAACUGUCCAGCACCUUUGUUUAUGACCAGAAAAUGAGCACGAGCGGCAGCUCUGCGAGGAAUUCGCACCUCAGCCAGGGGGGACGAAUGAUAAUGAUACCCAUGUCUGUGAACCGAUCUGUAUAAACAUGUAUUGCAGAGCAAAACAUAAUAAUCAAGAAAAAAAUACCCAUUCAUUGAAGGAAGGAGUGACAAAAAUUUCAGAGUUGUAAAUUUAUUCACGGGCAGUAUUUUUGUGAUAAUUUUAUUUUGCACUGUGAUGUUAUUCGGUUCACAGGCUUGGUCAUCAUUGUCGUUCGUCCCCCCUGGGUGAGGUGCGAAUUCCUCGCAGAACUGCCGCUCGUGCUCAUUUUGUAGUCAUAAACAAAGGUGCUGGACAGUUCUAUCUGAGCUCUGAUACGAGGUAGCGUCCAAUCUCAAUACUUUUUUCCUGAGUUGGAAGCAACGAACAGCAGUAAAAGUCGUUGAAAAUGAAUUGCAAUACAUCAAAAUGUAUGCAGCAGGAGUUUGAGCCAAAACUGCAAAGGGAUAUUUUAAAAAUCUCGAAGAACAAGUCAUUCUACUUCAGAGCAAGGUUUGGAGCAAUUUAUGGUGCUUCUAAAACUAAAAAGUACCUUUUAAAGAAUAACACUAUAGGCAAUCGGCUUUUGUUUUAAGAAUUAGCAAACGUUGAAUUUACUUGUUCCGAAAAUUCAAACUGGUGGCUCCUUCUACCUGAUAGGAAUUUAUUUUUGAAAUUCCAAAACAAUUUCACAGCUGAAUUUUGAGCGACUUUUAGUUACAGACUUCUGCUCCAACGAUUUUUCUGAAAUUCCUCUGGCAUAUUUAUUAUAUCAAUUAAAGCCGAUACCAGAAAUUUCAGUAAAAAAUAUCACCAAAAUUUUUUACUAGACGCGAUUUUCUUCGAACAUUAGGGUCCUUUUAAGCGCUAAUUUCUCAAGAAAUAUUUACCAUCAAUGAAAUCGGAAAAUUUCGUAUUGUUGCCGAAUGAUAUAUGUUGUUCUUACCAAAGUUUCGCAGUCAUCGCGUUAAGAACCAAAAAGUUAUGACGGAAAAUUUGUCACAGCAAAAUGCUCUAGUAUUAAUUACGGAGCCACCUUAAAAUCCUGCCAAAAACGCUAACGAGCUGGGCCCAGCUAGCGUGACAAAACAUUGCAGGAAAAAGACACAUUCACGGACACAAAGAAAAUCGCUUCAAAUUAUUCAAAUCCAGGAGGCACUUCGGAGAAAUAAAACAACCUAAAACCCUUAAUCAGCCGCAAUGAAGAGCUUUACAUUUCUAAAGGGGCCAAGAAAGAAAAUGCUCUUGAGUCAGAGGGCAAAUCAUGCCGACCAGAGGAAAUCAAUAUGCGUGUCACGACCUCUCAGUAUGAAAUAUAUUUAAUAAGCGGCCAAAAUUCACAUUUGCUCAGUCAAAACGUUUUCCUCCAAAGCAUAAUCUACUCGACAGAGAAAACAAUUCAUUAGAACAAGCGGCAUAUUUGCGUGAGGUAAAAGUCGUGUGUUUCCUACCGAUCCCGCUUUUUUAGCCAGGCGAGUUAACAAUGACGGUCGGCCGUUGCACGGAACUUGAAGAACUCUGUGCAUGAACAAACAUCCGAUAAGUAAGGCUUUUGUCAAAUCCUGUUGGUAGAACACAGAAAACAUCCUUUCCCCUGAGUAGCAACUCCAAGGCAUCCGGGAAGGCAUCCCUCUGCUCCGUUUUUAAAACUAAUCCCAAUUCUUGCGAGUAAAUCCAGGCGAUCAACAUCCUCCGUCAUUUCACAGCGAAAUCUUUAGCAAUUCAUCACGGUAGGGAACAACGUGAAUGACUUGUUGAAAACAUUACUUGACAGCUUGGUGACAGCUUGCAUCGAAAUUUAGCCAAUGGGAAUUGCCCGUGGCUGGGAGAAGCGGGUAAUUCGAACGAAUAUAACGUAUGCAAAACGGACAGUCCGUAUUUUUAGCGUCUCUCCCCAGUCUCGCUCUCUGUUUUCAGCCUCAUUCCAGACCUUUUGUUUGACUGCUCGCGCGUACUUGAAUACGCAAAAAUACGGACUGUUUUGCAGUCUAUUCUCCUCAGAACUGGCUUGCUUAUGAUUUGCUACCUGAGGUUUGGAAUUUUACGGAGAAAGGAAGGCUUCAUUUUUCUGGACUUGGUGCACCAAAGAAAGAGAGCAAUUAUGCCUUUUGUCAGGUUGGAAAAUGUGACGUUUAUUAAUAAUACAUUCAAUUUUUAUUAACUUAACUUACAAAUCAAGCCUUUAAACCAUCGUGGUAACAAUCAACGUUUGUGUUGUGCAUUUCUCAUUUCUUUGAGGGACACUGCGGCAUCGGCGUAUUGUGCAUUUUUGAAAUAAGAGUUUAAGUCCAACAAGAGAUACGACCUUCUUGAUUAUCAAUAAUUCGUUAAAAACCUCAUGCGUUGUUCAUAAGAGUUGUGAUUUAGAUUUGUUGACCGUUACGUGGUAAGGAGGUGCAUCCACUAUUAGAUAUAUUUUAUAGACCUUGAGUUUGCCUAAUCAGUUCCUUAAUGAACUGGGACAAUAUCACUUUCUUCAAAAGGAUGAAAGCGACAAUAUACUUUCUUUAAACAGUCAGAGGGAAAAUUAUUGUGUUUGGUAAAUCCUGAUUUAUAGGAUUACAAGUUUGAGAAUCCAUUCUACGAGCCGCCCAAUAUUCUAGCGUCUGCCACCCAUGAAAAUGGCACCAGGGAACUUUCAAUGAAGGCAGAUGGUCGCUAUAGCAACGCUUUGACUGUCUGGAUUGAGGUGAGUAGCCUUGAAGAGACCUAAUAAAUUGAAACUGUUUCAGAUAUUUGCUGAUUAAAAUAGUUGCCUUCGCUAAAGAAUAACGCACUUAUAACUAAAUAGAAGUUCAAAGUGGCACUUAACACUUGACGGCAAAUUCAAGCAAUAACUUGAAUCAUCAAGCUGAUUGUCACUUCCCGUACUCAUUUUUCACCUCCGGCUGAUGAUUCUUCUUAACGGAGGCUCCGUGGGUUCAUGGUUUAAAAAAGGUCACAUCUGUAGAUUGUAAUUUGUUGAUCACGAUCCAUUCUUAUUUUUACCUCGUUCUAUGGUGAUUAUGAUUGAAAACUAACUUUCUCGGAAUGUAUUGUUAUUUUCAUGUAUUUUUAUUUUCAACUUUGUCUAGGUGGCCUCGGUUAUAGUAGUCGCACUGUAACAGAGAGCAGCGUCCAUUAUAAUAUAUAGAUUUAGCCAGGGCUGAAAGCGAAGCUCCAAUUAAUAAAUUUAUAACUUAAAUCAAACAAUAAACUUUUAAUCCACAAAUCAGUUAACUUAAGGGUACAUUCAUGUGACUUUUGAGGGACAGGCUAAGUUAUUAAUAUUUUAGAGUGAAACAUCUUACAUCGAAUUGAUAACCUUAUAUGUACACCCAAAAAAUAGCAAACUUCUUCGAUCACAUUCAAGAUCACAGUAGAUUAGGCCUCGAAAACAAAUUCUUGGAAAACAAAUCACGCCAAAUUUUUUUGCGUUCGACCGGUUUACUUUACAAAUUCUUGCCAACAAAUCUUGGGGUGUUUAAACCAACGUUUUAUAAUUUUUAUACAUCACAUUUGAGGUGAAACAGUACUAUUUAUCGUACAGACCUCGGACAGAAUGUGGUAUUUCACAAUUUUUCAAGACAAAUUGCACUCAGUCAAUAUUCAGGACGAUCAAUCGUGGGCUUUAAGCCAAACCGUUCAAAAAUUUCCAAAAUCACCCAUACGGCCAGCUGGUUCUCGUUUCUAUAGUGCGAACUGUCAGUGUGGUCGAGUGUUUGAAUGAACUUUAACAGAGUUACACUUCAACGUAAUAGCGAAUUUAUUAUUAUUUGUUUUGUUAUUUAAUGGUUUCAGUUAUAACGAUGUGUAAUCUUAUAAAGUGUUUGAUACGCGCGACAUGCAAGCCAUGGUCAGGAACGAUGAAAACAAACGGCACAGACAAGCGAUUAAAAUUGCAAGAGAGACUACUAACAAUCAAAAAAAGAGAUAUAAUUCCGUGAAACAUUUACAGAGACAACAAUUUUCAUUCACGAAGACAAGUAUUAAAAAUCCUGGGUCUUUAAGCGUAAAGCUCGGCCUGCUUCCCGGCGCGGUGUUUACUGUUUUCGAAGAUGAACACCUUGAAGCAAGAAAAUCGCUCAAAGUUUUCUUUCUACAGCCAAAUUUAUAACUAAAUAUUCUUCGGAACGUUUUCUUUCUAUUUGUGGUUAGCAAAUAUAUCUGAAGGCUUUUUAAAGUUCUGUAAGCAUGUCUCUAACCUAAAGCGAGGUCAGAUCAAGAGAGGAUAAAGGGGACAGAGAAGGCAUCCCCGUACACACCCUAUUCCAUAGGUAAUUCGUCUCGAGUUAUUUUUAGAAUCGGGAUAAAGUUACCUCGCGCGAGGCGUGGAUGUUUCGUGGAGGUUUCGCAUGACUAAACGCCGUGCAAAACAUGUCGGGCGAAAGGCAAUGAAAGCGUAAAAAGAUCGAGAGCAUUCCUGAAUAUUGAAGCGAAAUGAGUCGGCGCUCACCUGGGAAAAAGGAAUCGCUGGACUCUUUGACAACCCGUGAAAUCAGUUUAACUCGAAGUUGUCGUAGCCUCAGUGCUUUAAUAAAAUGAGAAAUUUCGCCGGUCUAUUGAAACCGGUCGUACAAUAGGGAGUUUAAGAUCCAACGACGCGGACGACAACUAGAACGUCAAAAAUAAUAGGUUUAAUUAGCAAAACAACAACUUCGCACGUGCAACACACUUUUUUGUUCAUUUCUUUCCCGUUUUUGCACGACUACGACGAGAAAAUGCCUAAUUUCGCGUUUUAUGGAGGACGUAAACAAUCAACGACGAAAUUUUAUUUCUCUUUCUGAGCGCGAAUAUGGUCCCUUGAAAUUCAGCUUUAGGAGGGUUCGCCUACAAUUGACAAAGUAAGUGGGUAGGAAUAAUCGCUAUAAAGACUGAAAAAAUUCAAAUUCACUUUUUAAGCGACGUUCUUGUCGCCGUCGCGCCGUUGGAUCUUAAAGUCCCUAAUAAGGCAAGUAGGACGCCAAGUGUUAUUUUUGUUGAAUAAUAAAAGACUAAUAAAGGAAUAAAUAUGAAACCAGAAAUUGCUCUCUUCAAACUGUAAAUUAUAAAUGAUCCUGAGAGAAUAUUCAGUGUGUUAAGGAUUUCCCUGCUGUACUGUUAGCUCUAUACAAGAGAGGAAGGGCGAUUCUUUUUAAAUUUCCGUUUCGCUGACACAGCUUUCGCAUAAAUCUCGCUGUAGUCGUUUUCGUCGACAAAAGGAAUAGCAAAAUCGCUCUCCGCGUCUUCCCCCAUUUUGUUCUGCGUCAUUUCGUGAAGGAAGCGUGGCUCUCAGCGUGGGUCAUCCACGCGGAACACAUUCGCGCUAUGUGAUUGGCUGUUGUCUGAUCCCCCUUGAGAUCUGUGGUGUUAAAAAUAACUCGAGACGAAUUACCUAUGGAAUAGGGUGUGUAUGGGGGAUGCCUUCUCUGUCCCCAUUAUCCUCUCUUGGUCAGAUCAAUGACUCAAAUCCUACAAACGUGAUAAAAUUGCCGCAUAAACUGUCAGCGUGAACUGUGCAAGACUUCAUGAAAUUAGAUUUAACGAAAACAAACAUCAAAUACAAUAAUUACUUAAACUUACCAUUCGAGAUUCAGUUUCUGAAAGCUAUCAAGGAAGGCCACAGUUGGUUGAGACUUUUAAACCCUCUUACGCAUUAAGCAAGGUGAAAAACGAAAACGAUGCCAUCCGAAAUCGAAUUACCGAAUUUUGACAAGCGACGUAUUUCUCAAUCAAAAACCCAGUAAACAAACCAGCCAUGAAUAACAGAAGACUCUUGAUAGCAGCUGUAUUUCAUUUUUUACAUCCAGAGGAAAAAGACGGUUAAAAACAUCACAAGUUGACACAAAACUCUGUCAGCUUCAGCUGUCAAAGUAAACAACUUUCAAGAUGUUGCAUAAUUUUUCCGCAUGAACUCACCUGUCAAAUUUUGACCAAUCAGAGUAUAAAAAUUGGACGUAGAGCGUGACCAACGCGUGACCAUGGUAAGAUAAAGCCUUCCCCGCCUGUACUUUUAAAAAACUGGGUGAAUUUUCGCUUCCGAGGUCAGUUUGAAAUCAAAAUCCUAAUAGUGCGGGGCCAUAGUGACAUAAACACAACAUAUUUGAUAUGAAUCCUUGGAAAAAAUAAACUUGAGCCUGCAAUCAUUUGAAACUGGUAAUUUGUCAGCGGAUAACUUCAAAAAAAAUACUGGACCUCGAUGGGUCGACACUUGAGCCUUCGGUACCGUCAGGUGAUACUGGUCAGCGGAUGCCCUGUUUUGAUAGCUGCCAAUUGAUCACAACAUUGAUGUGCAAUUAGUUUUCUCUUGGGCUCCCAAACUAGCUAAAAGUGUGAGAGUAAACAUUGGAUUUCCUGUGGUGCGGACGACCGGUCGGCGGUCGGUCGGUGUACGGUCACGUGAUUACCAAAGUUUCUGGGAUGGGUAGAUUUACUUAGCUAUAGGGCUCCGCUAUGACCGUGGAAACUGUACAUACGUUUAAACGAUUCAAAGUUGCUCUUGUCCUUAUUGCCUUAACUGGACGCCCCUGUCUGAAAGCUAACAAGUCAAUAUAAGCUUUUUAUUUAUUGGUAUAUCUGAUGUUAUUUUCCAGGAGAUCACUCGUUUGUCUUUCAAAGUGUGCAUCAAAGACAGUCAGGGAAUGAGCAAGUCUCACGAUCCAGUUACAGUGGACUAUGCUAUAGUGGGAGGUACAUUACUCUUAUAUUUGCUUAUUCCGUAAAUUCAAAGAUUUGUCUCUCAUACCGGUUCGUCCUAUUAUCAAGGCAUUUCGACGUUGGGUCAAACGUCGAAUUGAAGAAAUGAAUUCGAAUACGAAUAAAGUCAGGCAAUUGGCACUGUAAAAACCUGUGAUCAAAUCUCGAAGAAAGAAGUUAUAAAAAAAUGACGUUCAAAUAAGGACAGCAUCGUAUUGUAAAAAAAGUAACUCCCCAUUUCGUAUCUUUUUUUGCCAUCAAUUGUCUUCAGAGGAAAAACAAAGAAAAAUUUUAAAAAAUUGAAAGCAGUUGCUCUCUCAAAGGAUGUAGGACGUCAGGUCAAUUUGCUAUUCAUACAAGUGCUGAUUUUCUUGUUUUGUUUUUUUUUGCCCUAAAGAUAUAGACCCGUGCACAAACGUUACUUGCGAUUACCAUGCCAUCUGCAAAGCUUUCUCUGCAUUUGAUGCCCGUUGUGUUUGUGAUGACAACUGCCCGUCGUACGAGGAGCCAGUGUGUUCAUCCAACUCGACAACAUUUAAGAACAAGUGCUUUUGUCUGCUGGACAUUUGCAGGCGCAAGAGUAACCACACUCUCUAUCAUCCCGGUAGUUGUACAGGUAAGAGAGCGGAUUAUAAGGAUUUUUAAAACCACCUUAACCAGCGCAUACAGAGCUCUAGUGUUAUGAGAUAUGGUGCCGCUGAUGACUUACGACAUCACUCAAUUUGGCGACCGUCUUGGGUGCCAUCUUGGAAUCACCGUUUUAAGCACGUGGCAUUUUCCGUGCUUAGGUCCAAAAUAAAUCAUGAUUAAAUACUAUUUUGCUUAUUUUGGUACUGUUUUGAACGCAACAAAGUGCCAAUCAUAUAGUACCACGAUAUGAUUGUGUGAUUCUACAAUCAGCUUUUGAUUUAAUUCCUCGCAUAUAGAAAGGAUUUUACACGUUUUUUUUUUCUCAUCCUCAUCAGGUAUUUGUAGGAUGCAUCUUUAUUUGUCUUUAUGUUAACUUUAUUGCUGUUGUUGUUUGUUUGUUUGUUUUUUCUUAUCGCUUUCAGCUCUAAUUAGCUUUGUUUUUCUUCUAUGUUAUAUCUUCUUUUUCUUGUUGUUCCUCGACAGGUUUUCCUGUUCAGACUGGGCGAGUUUCACUGAAAAGACAUGUACAGUGGGCAGAGACGGCCUGUGAACUAGUGAAAUUCCCACCGUUUUCAUUCUAUCCAGACAAAGAAGUGCACGUACAGAUAACGACCAAUCACUGGAACAUAAGCAAGAAAAAUUUUAUUCAUGAUGCUACUGUGUCCUGGGUGGAAACUGUUAACUUCGAGAAUUUUGAGGUGAAUAUUUUAAUAGGAAGUUUUCAAUUCAAAUACGUGUAUUACUUCAAGUAGUAAUUAGUGACCUUCUGCUCAUUUGUCUUACAUCUCCAAGAGCUCUUGUUUACCUGUCAUAUUUCUGGCCAGUAAAAUACUAUUUGAACAUAUUUUAUUUUCACAACGAGUUAACAGCGAAGAUUUCGUGUUUUGCGCGCACAGAGGAGCACUAUGGGUAAGAAAAAUUGGUUAUCUAUACAUCCAAGAAAUUUUGAUUCCUUACAAAAUCGUGCGUACUUACGUAGGACGGCGUCCUCAUGUUAACGAAUGUGAAAUGUCUUACUAGCUGUAAAUCCAAAACAUAUACAAAUUCUGUUUAACUCGAUUUUAGACAUCCAUGUCAUAAUCAAUUGAAAGCUGUCAAAGUAGGGCAUCCCCAGACCAGUGUCACACGACCUUAUUGCUUGCUCAGGUGUGUUACUUAUUGAGGUGACGGUUUUUUUAAGUUCUCAGCUGACCAGUUAUAGAAUCAAGUGAUCGCAGGCUUGGAAAAAGUUUUUUCAGCAAGUCAGUUACCACGAGAGCUCCGCUUUUGACCUUGGCUAAAUCUAUAUAUUACCUUACCAUAAUAUAUAGAUUUAGCCAGGGCUAAAAGCGAAGCCCCCAUUAAUAAAUUUGUAAUCUAAAUCAAACAAUAAACUUGUAUUCCACAAAUCAGUUCACUUUAGAGCACAUUCAUGUGACUUUUGUUUUGAGGGAUUAAGGCUAAGUGAUUUGAGAGAAAAAUAAUUUGCUAACAGUCCAAGAGUGCACCAAAUCUUACAUCGAGUUGAUGGCCUUUAUAUGUACACCCAAAAAAUAGCAAUCAUCUUCGAUCACAUUUAACGGCCACAAUGGCUCUUGAUCACAGUAGAUUAGGCGUGGAAAACAAAUACUUGGAUAGCAAAUCCGGCAGAAUUUUUUCCGUUUGACAAGUUUGCUUUACAAAAUCUUGCUACCAAAUCUGGGGGCGUGUAAACCAACCUUUUAUACUUUUUAUACAUCACAUCUGACAGUCUGAGGUGAAACAGUGCUAUGACGCGAUGUUUUUAAUUUAUCAUACAGACCUCAGACAAAAUGCAGUAUUUCACAAUUUUCAAAUAUAAAUUGCACUCAUUCAGUAUUCAGGACGAUCGAAGCACGCGUGGGCUUUUAGCAGGGGCACCCAACGAGAAUAUAGUUCAAAACCACUUAAACAUAGCAUUAUUAAAUGUAUUUUAGUAAUUAAACGGUAGACAUAGGCAUAUUUUUAUCCCCUAAAAAUUUUUCAUCUGUUCGGAUUUCCUAGCUGAAAGUCUAGUGAUCCGAAAAUUAUAGGGAUCAAAACUUACCUCGUCGAAAAUUUUAGCCAGAACAUAGGCUCCCGAAAAUUCUAGGUGAACUUUUUAGGGUAAAAAUUAGUUAAUUAUGGGCAAGUAUACCAUUUUUUAUUUGUUCGAAAAUCCUAGGAGAGGCAUGGAAGCAAGAAAUUUUACAACAAAUGUUCCGAAAAUUCUAGAUCUCAAAUCGUCUUCCGAACAGAUAUUUUUCCGAAAAUUGUCGUUGGGUUCCCCUGUUUUAGCGAAACCGCUAAAAAAAUUUCCAAAAUCACCUAUAUAACGGCCAGCCAGUUGCAAGCUGUGGAGUGUUUGAAUGAACAUUAAUAGAGUUACACUUCAACAUAAUAAACAAUUUAUUGUCUUUAUUUUUUUUAUGUAAUGGUUUUAUAACGAUGUGUAAACUUAAAAAGCGUUUGAUACGCGCGACGUUUUGAGUACUCCUGCAUGCGAUGUUCAUGAGCGACUGAAAACAUUAACGGCAAAUUGCAAGAGAGACUACUAAGAAUCAAUAAAAGAAAUAUAAUUCGGUGAAACAUUUACAGAGACAACAAUUUUCAUUCACGAAGACAAUUAAGUAUUAAAGUGUCUCUAAGAAUCCUGAGUCUUUAUGCUUAAAGCUUAAGUUUAUGUUUUAAGCCGGCUUCCCGGUGUUUGUUGUUUUCAAAGAUGAACUGGAGGAGAGAAAAUUGGCUUUCUUUCUACGGCCAAAAUAAAAACGCAACGUUUAUUUCUUUCUAUUUUCGGUGAAAAAAAAUCGACUUAAGACUUUUUAAAGUUCUCCAAGCUUAAAUCAGACCUCAUACUAUAGGUCAGAUCAUUAUCUCAAAUCUUAAUUCAGACAUGCAUAAACUAGCCUCAUAAACUGCGCUCAGCUUCAUGAAAUUAGAUAUAUUAAUAAAACAAACACAAAUACAAUAAUUACUCAGGCUUACCAUUCGAGAUGCAGCUCCUGGAAGCUAUCAAGUAUGGCCAGAAUCGCUUCAAACUUUUCAAUCAAGCAGGGUGAAAAACGAAAACGAAUCGAUGCCAUGGAAAUCGGAUUUCCGACUUUGACAGGCGAUGUAUUUGUUAACCAAAAACCUAAUAAACAAACUAGCCAUGAAUAACAGAAGAAUCUUGAUAGCAGCUGAAUUUCAUUUCGUACAUCCAGUAGAAAAAGAGAGUUAAAAACAUCACAAGUUGACACAAAACUCUGUCAGCUUCAGCUGUCAGAGUAAACAAGUUUCAAGAUGCUGCAUAAAUUUUCCGCAUAAACUCACCUGUCAAAUUUUGAUCAAUCAGAGCAUAAAAAUUGGACGUAGAGCGUGACCAACGCGUUCACGGACGACUGAAAACAACAACUGGCAGAACGAUCAUGUAAGAACGAGAUCCUGACAAACAAUCAAGACAAGAAAUUUACAAAACUGUAAUACAAAGAAACAUUUCAAGGUCAACAAUUUUUAUUCCCGAAGACGUGUUUUGAGAGUAAAGUGUCUCUGAAAAUCCUGAGUCACGAAUAGAUUUAAAUUAAGCCUUAAGUUUUAAGCCGCCUUCGCCGUGUUUGCUAUUUUGCAAGAUGAACUCCAGGCAAGAAUAUCGCUCAAAGUUUUCUUUUUACAAACAAUAGGAUAACUAAACUAUUUUUCAGAACUUUUUCUUCGAGUCGCGGUCAGAAAAUGUCUACAGACUUUUAAAGUUCAACUUCCUUACUAGGUCAGAUAAAUUGAUUCAAACCUUACAAAUGUGCGUAAAAUGAAGGCAUAAACAUGAAAAAAGAAAACACAUAAAAUGCGAUAAAAUUACUCAAGCUUACCGGUCGAGGUGCAGCACGGAAACCCAUCAAGUAAGGCCAGAAUCGCUUAAGACUUUUCGCAUAGUCCAGCAAGGCGAACUAAGCUUACAAAGAGUAGCUUAUUUUUGAAAACGAUGAUUCUCGAUUUCUUUUUGUCGUGCGGCGCAUUUCUCAACCACAACCCAAUAAACAAGCCAGCCAAGAAUAACAAAAGAAUGUUGAUAGCUGCUGUAUUUCAUUUUGUAGAUCCAGUGCAAAAAGACAUGUAAAAACAUCACAAGAUGACGCAAAACUCUGUCAGCUUCAGCUAUCAGUGAACAAGUCGCACAUGCUGCAUAAAUUUUCCACUUGAAUCCUCUUCGCUAGCGCGCCUGUUAAUUCUUACUCUAUGCUUUUCUCUUCUUUCUCUUUCCCGUCGCUCUUCACUUACAAGCAAAUAGUUUGAAUUCAAUCUGCUAUUGUUUGUUGCCAUAACAAUUUUUUCGAAACAGUUCACUAGAAACUGAGCACUACGGUCACAAAAUCUUUAUGCAAUGAAGUAGUUGAAGUAAACAUGUUUUUGAACGCGACGACAGCCACGCCAAUUCUUGCGCGAUUUCCCGCCAAGAAAACGGUGGGUUGCACAAAUGCUUCGCGCGAUUUAUAACAUACUCCUCCCUCGGACGGGCUGACACCUGAUUCCCUUCCCUCCCCCGCAAAGAGUGUACGGGCGUACGCUACGUCAUAACCAAAUUUUCUCGGAUGGAUGGUUUACCAAAUUUUCUUACCCAUCGUGCUCCGCUGGCGCGCUUCGCGCGCCGGAGCUCCGCUAUAAAAUAAACAUUACCCAUUACAUUUAAUCUUUAGGUGUGCGUGACUGCAGCAGGAAGAAAUGAUCGCUUUAUCAAAGAAUUUGCCACGGUGGACUGGAUGGCCUACCAAGGAGCACCUGAUGGAGGUGUGGCGGAUAAAACGCGCAUUCCAGAAUGGUGGACUGGAUCACAGUGCUCAAAAGUCAGCCUUCCUCAGGCAAUAACACUUUAUUGUUACCUCUCAGCUGCAGCUUGUUUCGUUGCAUAAACCAGAAAGAAUAAUGACCUUUAGUUAAGUUUUUCAAUAAGGCGAACAUUUGCUAUGCUGAUGUUGUAAGUACCAAACACUCCAUUGUUAUCCAAUCAAAGAUAUCGUACUUGGACUUAGAGACAUGAGCUGCAAAGAGGCAGCCCAGUUCUGUCCGCGAAAUUCUUUCUGACUCAUAGGCCAUUUUUAAACCUUGUUUUUUUAAUCAAAUUUUACACUUUUUGUCAGAAUGGGGAGAUAUUCUUUAAAAAAAGCAUUAUUUAAUACAAAAAAUAGGGGAAAGAAAUUUGUACGGUCUAGGGCUAAAUUUGACAGUCGCGUUCAGACACUUGACCACGAUCCGAUGUCCUAUGAGCGUCCCCAUCAUGUGAAAUUUUUAGUUAUUUCAAAUUUCACACAUGCCAUUUUCCCAAUCAUCUUUGCUGUGAAUACUUGAUAACCAAUUAAACUUUCUUACUGUACAUGUUAUGAAUUUUUUUUUUUUAACAGGGAAAAUUUGCGUCUACACCAACGGUCUUGGUUACAGCAGAACAUAUGAGUGCAGACUUUAAGCACGAUGCCGCAAGUUUGUGGGUAGAAAACGCAACCAGUUCCUCCUUUUACAUUUGUCUUCGAGAACUACAGAAUUAUGAUGGUCUACAUGAAGAUAUCUUUGUGGUAUAUAUUUUCUCCUUUAUAAAUAUAUCUGUCUGGAGUUUGCUAAAACGUGGCUAAAGAAAUUUCAAGUACAUUUUAUCAGUUUGAUAUCUGAGUCAAAUGGAAAGCAGUUAAAAGUUACUAGCUGACAACUUUAUUGCUGGCAACAGACGGUAAAUUUCUCUCUCAGAAGUAACAGGAUUUUGGGAUAAAAUAAACAACAUUUGAAAAGUCCAGAAAUUAUAACCUUUUAGUCAGCCAAACCUUGAGGCUCAUAGUUAAGUGUCUGCCGAAAACAGAUUAAGAAGCCACAAUCUUUGAGCACAGAAUAGGCUUUCUAAGCCAAAAUCAUCUAAACUAACUCUCACAAAGCGUUUUUAUGCUUGGCACAAAGUAAUCUGUUAACGCGAGCUCAACCACAUACCUGAGUUUUGUCUGUCAACACCUUCGGUAAAUCACACAAUAAAAUCACUUUCGAUCCAACACUUCCAACCACUCAUAAUAUUUCCACAUUUAACACGCGCGAAUCAUCGUCAAAUUACUUGGAGCAAUAAAAGCCCGGUCUGAAUAGGAUCAAUCAUAAAAUACGUUAAAUGAGAUCUCACAAGUAUUGUGGAUACAACUUACAAAUCGUUUUUCGGGAACAUAGCAUAAUUAUUUCCACACGGGAUUUACGUAUGAGAUAGCAUAUCCAUUUUUGAUUGCUAUCCCUCUCUUUAGAGUUGGAUGGCCUUUGAAAAAAUACACAGGCCCCUUUUCGCUGAGAGCAAACACGUGGAUUUUCCAAACAACGAUUCCGUUUCCACAAGCUACAAUGGUGCAUUUUGCAAGGUAAGAAGAACUUUACUUUUAAGCAGAAGAAGGCCCUGUAACUAUUUAGAUGGAACAGCAGAGAAAAACUGCUAUAUAUCAACCCCCCCGGGGGUACUCCCUUAUAUAAGCUAUAUAAGUAUGUGCCGCUCCAUCGGGUAGGGUUUUUGCGCCGUUUUGGUCUGACCACGGGUAUACACUUUGCCCAUUUUGGUCUGGAAUGAGGCCAUGAAAGGAACUUGUUUUUUGACAGUUCAUCAAAGCCGUCGGAAAAAAAUCUUCAACAAAGAAGUGUUUUUGGUACUCAAAUAUUACCUGUUCCUUCGAGUCGGCGCAGAUAAAUUCCAGCCACCAAUUAUAUGACCAUGCAUUGAUGAAAAUGGAUGGUGUUUCAAAGUUUAUACCAACAGCCUUCUUUUUGUGUCCUUAGGACGUCCCAUUUGCAAAGAAUUACGACAAAGAACCCAUAGUAUUAAUAGCAGCCGGUCACAACUCAGAAGGCAACAAUUUGAAGCCAAUAUACAUGUCCGUGACCCCAUGGAUUGAGGUAUUCUCAAAUUAUUUAACUAAUAUACAACACACUUUAAUCAAAAUAAGUAACAUCAAGCUGAUAACCCCGUAGCAAAUGCGCAUAUGAGCUAAAUUACACCAAGGUCUGUUCAUGCAGUCUCUUUAUCGGCCAUAGUCGCGCAGCGAAACAAUCCAUCUAUUUAUCCAUCUGUUAUUCACGGUCAGUUUCCCAAGUUCUUUUUUUUUGUUGUUGUUUAGAUAGGAAUUCAAAAUGACUCAGUUACAGGUGUUUAAGCGAACGUCUCUAAACGUUGAGCUAUUAGCGUUUGUUCUUGUAAUCGAAAUAUAUGACGCUAGAUGAUUUGUUUAUUAUUUUACAGCACAUCAAGACCAGCGAAUUCCGCAUUUGUCUCAAGGAGUUGUUCGCUGACCAGCAUGAUCCUGUGACUGUGUCCUAUACAGUACUAGCAGGUAUGUUAGUAAAUGAUAAAAAAAAAAUUUCUUUGCAAAGACCUUCUCAUGCCCAGCAAGCUUUGGUAGAUGUCAAGUAAACUUAGAGACUCCUUGUUUGAUAUCUCCUUCAAGUAAUCACCAGUAAAUGUAUUUUCUUAGUUCCUACUUACUACAAGCAUUUGUUUCUAUUUCCAAAAACUUCUCGGUCAGCUAAGGCCUAAGCCAAACGUCGAAGUUUUCAUGGAACGAACCAAUUAAACUCUAAUUUGAGUCGACCUAACUUAAGUUAACUUUAUAGGACGCGUGGAACCAAUCAACUGAAUCAGAUCAGUAAUAAAAUUAUUAUUUAUUAUUAUAUUAUAUACAUUUAUAUCGAACAAUUUUUUUAAAAUUUAUUAGUUUAGUUCCUCAAAUGUGAAGAUCGACGUUUGUCCCUUAGACGAUCUUCGGACGCUCUGUCCGUCUGAACGUGUUGGACGAUCCAAACUCAUUCAGACGAACUUAACUGAGCCAGGCGUCGCUAACAACGUUUCAUGAACUUAAUUCACUAAGUUUAGUUCGUCUCAUGAAAAGUUCGACGUUUGGCCUAGGCCUUUUUUUCUCUUUGUUGCGCACUAUUUACUUCACACAAAAUGUUUUGUAAUAUUGCAGAUGUAUGUAAACCGGGCUGGUCAUAUUUUAAUGGUAUUUGUUACUCGACAAGCCAUUCAUGCAAAAAUUGGACUGAAGCUGAGAAAACCUGCCAAGCAUAUAGCGGCAACCUCAUCACUGUGCGGAAUCAAGAAGAAAACGUUUAUAUUCAGCAUCGGCUGAAUGGUGCCAAGGGCUGGAUUGGGCUAAACGAUAGGGUAAUUGAGGGUACUUUCGACUGGGCAGAUAAUCAAACCAGUAACUUUUCAUAUUGGGCGAAGAACCAACCAAACAACUUCAACAAUGAAGAUUGCGUUCACACUUUGGGAGUCAGACAUAGUUUUAUGUGGAAUGAUGUAAGCUGUGGUACUUGCCAUAACUAUACCUGUUCAGAAGGUUUGUGGGUGACUUACUUUUUUUAUACACCAACAGGCGUUACCAUUAUAAUUAUCAUUAUUAUUAUUAUUCAUUACUUCCUAUUCAAAAGCAAUUUAAUUCCUGUUUUCCCCAAGCCUGUUUCAGAAAGAGAUUAUAAAACUACUUCCUCAUGAAAGGGUUUGCUCUUGACCUAAGUUUGCAAGUGUGGGUUUUUGGAAAUCGAAAAUGGUCUAUUUUAACGUUUCCAGGCGUUAAGAGUUAUUUUUAUUUAUUUCAUUUGUAUUUUCUUUCUUUCUUAUUGCCAGAGAAUAUCCUAGUUGACUUUAACCAAUUUACUCCUCGAUAACCAAUAGGCCAUUUGCACGAUGACGUCAUUUUACUACCACUACCAGAAUCCUUCAGGUAUUGCUUUCUUAUGCAAAUUACAGCUUUUGUUAUUUAAACCUCACUGGGAUUAGCAAAUUUAAAUAUGAAAGAAAAAACGAAAUGAAUUCUGGUCCUAGUAGUAAAAAGGCGUCGUCGUGCAAAUGGCCCAUUUCUCUGGCUUCUUAGCUGAGAAAAAGUUUGAGUUUACUGUAAAUCUGUUUGUUGCAGAAAUAGUAUAAAUUAAAGGAUUAGUCUACAAAGAAAAAUAUGCACUACUUGUGCGAAAAAGAUAAUUAUACGUCACAAAAAGGAUCCAUAAGCUGGCGCUUUUAGCACUGCAUUACGCCUUCAUACACAACAGAUUUCGUGCUGAGUGACUCAUAUGAGCAACGAUCUUAAAUUUGAUUCUUUUGUUAAAAAAGUUGAUUGACAAUAGAUCGUUUCAUUAUUUGUUUUGCAGGUUGAUUGACUGAACGAUUGUUUUAUAUUCGUUUUUGAAAUUAGAUUUUGAUGAAUGUGGAGGAAACAGUAACCAUUGUCAUCAGAACGCCAUCUGCACAAACACUAUUGGUUCUUAUAGCUGCCGGUGCUCGGUAGGAUAUGUCGGUGAUGGCUUGCUUUGCAGAGGUAUUAUGUUCGAAUCCCCAAGUUGUAGUUUUUCGUUUAAUUCAUGAAGCAUAAUUUUCAAAGAACCUCAUACAAUGGUAAAGAGACAUCUUUUGUGAGUUUAAGGCUUGCUUGGGGCGAAUUUAAAAGGUACAAUAAGCAUGCUUUUACCGUAAAAUUGCGUCAAAAUUUAUUUUUCAACUAAUUCUUUUAGAGGGGUUUAAAUACGGAGCAACGUAUUAUAAUAGUAAAAUAAGCGUUUAAAUAUUGGCUGGUAUAAAUGAACAACACUGAGCAAUAAAGUGUAUUAACUAUCGUAAUUUUAUAGUUCAUAGGCAUACAGACCAUAGUUGUGAAUACAGCCCAAAAAGGGAACUAAAGUAGAUACGGUUGUUGAUUUCUCUGCAAUUUCAAAAUCUAAGCUCUCAUAGACUGCGUAGUUUUCCGCUCUGGUUACGACUUUCUCAACAAACCCGAGCGGGGACGUUUGUUAGAUCUUGUUAGGCAGGCUAAAGCUUUCGGGGAUUCAUAUUGAGAGUCUUUCUUGUAUGUUGAUGGGGCUGAUAUGCCAGAAGCUUCAAACCGUUCUACGGUACUUUGAAUUCCUUGAAACCUUGGUAAAGACUUUUUUUUUUUACUCCAGAUAUCGACGAAUGUUCCUCAGGUCACCAGUGUGACAGCAGUGCGACAUGUUAUAAUACUGAUGGAUCCUACACGUGCACAUGUAACAGCGGUUUCACGGGGGAUGGACGAACCUGUCGAGGUAUAAACCUUUGAACAAAUACUGAAUACUAUAAACGACAGCUCCGUAAAGCAUUUCGAUAAAUUAGGUUGGCUGCCAGUAGGUGACAUCAUGCGUACAAGAAAACUUCUUAUUCUACACAAAGUGAGUCAAGAUCAUCGUCCUGAUUAUUUUACUUCCUGUUUCAAACAUGUCCGUUCUUCACAUGAUCAUAGUACUAGAUCCGCCCCUCAUAAUACAGUUGUUCUGCCACCACUCUGUUAAAGAAACCCAGGACUUAGUAUAGGAAGUUCGCAAGUGCCUGUCGUUUAUAGAAUAAGUUAGGUCAAUCGUAUAUAAUUUCCCACGCAAUGUUCAGAAAAGCUGUACAGGAUAAGUUUACCAAUUGAGACAAUGAACGCCUCGUUAGCACAUUUUAAGGUUUUCAGCUCUUUUUAGACAUUUAUAGAAGUUGUAGAAUUUUUAUUUUUAUUUUUUCAUAACUAAUACCUCUUGUGUGGAGGGGAAUUAUGAAAACAAUCCAGUAAACGGUAUCGUUUCCACCCUCGUUGUUCUUCUUGCUCUUCUUCUUCUUCUAGCCUCGGCUCCUUUGGCCACUGUGCACAUCCACUCUCGAUUUUUCAUUUAUUAAUAUUUGAACACUUAUAGCACAUUUCUGUAAGAAAAUUAUAUAUUCUGUAUGUGUAAGAUUCAUUCAUCUGAACGGUGCAAAUAAAGUUGAAGUUGAAGCUCUUCUUCCUCUUCUUCUACUGAUGUCGUUUAAGAAACAAAAAGCAAACUGCGGUGAUAAACAUAAGGAAAUACGAACGGAAGAAAAAAGACUUUAACUUGACGUUUCGUAUGUUCCAAACACACAUCUUCAGCGGGCUAAACUGAACCCGAAGGGUUGUCAUGAGUAAAAUCAUUUUCUUGGCCGAGCCCUCUACUUACUUGCAGAUCUGAAUUCGCCUCUGCUUACAUGCACAGAAUUGAAAGCCAUCUCUUCUCAACGGUCUACUACUAUUCUUUUUAGGUCUUGAAAAGUUUACUCCUAUGACUAUGACAUUCGUAGACAAAAAAGAAGGUCCAGCUUGAAAUAAAUAAAGGUCUUGUUAUCUUCCAGAUGUUGAUGAAUGCUCGCUCAACACCCAUGACUGUCACUCCCAUGCAAUUUGCACUAACACAGAAGGGUCAUUUACUUGCAAGUGCGACGUGAAUGCGCAUUACAUUGGUGACGGGAAAACAUGCACUCCUCAUCGUAAGCCGAAUUAUAUGUUUUACUUCAUUUUGUUCUCUUCGUUUUACCACCCUGACAAUUGUUAACUUCUAUUUUGUGGGAAAAAGUAUCCACCAAUAUUGAUGUCGCCAAAGAGCAACCCCUCGCCUGACUGUCGAUCAUCUUGAUUAUGCUCUUGUCCAAGAAUAUACUCUUAAUGACAUUUCAAAUGUACCGAAAGCGAGAUUUGCUCGUUUAUUAUUAUUUCGACGGCUUCUGACUUUCUUGGGUACUUUAAUUUUGAGUGUAUUUUAGGCUAACCCCGCCGAUAUUUUGAAUUAGUCAAGUGUUUUUUUUUAGGUAUAGCAAAUACUGGAGUUGUUGUCAGUUUCCGCAAAACAGCAUCUUUUAAAAGGAUGAAUUUCUGAUUUACUUUCUUUUUACCAGGUGGCCUCGAUGACUCCGUUAUUUUAGCAAAUGAUGCCAGCAAGAUAUCGCAGUUAAAUACCUGGCUUCUUCCGCACUUACAAAGUCGAGACAGAAGUUAUUGGAAACUGUGUUAUAGGGCCUCCAAUCAUGGCUGGAGAUCACAGACCUUUCACAGCUAUUGCGAUAACAAAGGUCCCACUGUAACGAUUGUUAGGGUUGGGAUCUAUAUUUUUGGAGGCUACAACGACAAUUCAUGGCAAUGUAAGUCCGUGAGAUAGCUAACUAAGAUACCUACCAGGAAGGCUUCGACUGGUUGAAUUGAAUUAAAGAUGAGAGGUCUUUGGCCCCAAAUGUGAAAGAAAGAAGAGAUGUAGCCUUUACAGUUUUCGCCAGUAGUUCAAAACAACUCUAGUCUUAGAUAGAUUUUUAUUAAUCACUCGCGAUAUUUUGUAGUAAUUUUGAAAACGUCGGCGUAUGAGGUGUUAAGAUUAAAUACUCGCAAGACAAUCUUACCUCGGGUCUACUGUGUCGCACCAUCUAAUAGUCGUCGCACUUUUUAUACUUGUCGCACUUUGUAAUAAAAUUGUCGCACUUUGGGAUAGCUGUCGCACUAUGUAAUAACACUUGUCGCAGUUUGUCAACUUAAAAUGGAUGCUCGGAGGACAAGUAAACCCAGUAAUAAAUAUCAUCAUUGACAAAAAUAACAACAAUAACAACAAUGAUAAUAGUAACACUUCACUAAACUGUUUUUAGCACCAGUUUCUCAAGUGGGGGUGGAGGAAAGUGUUCACAUCAACUGCGGCCUUCCGGCUUAAAGAUCUUUCUAGGGAAGUACACCGGCAACUCUUUAUAUGCGGACGACCUCGAGACCGUGAGAUAGUGUCCAUAACUGAAAAGGUCCGUAAUAAUGGGAGUUUGUAUUGGAAUUUAGCCGCUAUCCGUAUUAUCGGGUUGUCCAUAAAAGUAAGGUGUCCUUCAGGCGAACGGUGAUUGUAUAUUAAUCAAAUUAUUUUGAAAGUUUUACUAGUAGCACGGGCAAUAAAGAAAUCCCGUUUCAUUACCUGCGAGGACAUGAACAGAGAUAUAGCAAAAUGUUAGUGUUUACUGCCAUGAGUAAGCGCUAAACGUAUAUUUCAUAAAACCAGAAAACAUAAACUCCGAGCGCAACACGAUACCACAAUCAUUAUCAUAGUCAGACAAACAUUAUCAUCAUCAUCAUCAUCAUCAUCAUCAUCAUUAUAGGUAUUAUUACUAUUGUUAUUGCACCAUGGACGUUACCAUGUCAGCAGAUUUUUGAAAGCGACGUUUUUUUCAAAAUUUCUUUUUUUCAUAUAACAAAGGAUUUAUUUUUAUUUUUACUGAUUGUAUUUGAGCAUUAACCUUAAUUUAGCAAUAUUUUAUUAUAUUUAUUUUAACUGUAAGUGAAAGCCAGGCUCUUAAAUGAUUGAUUUGAGAAAGAAAUGUGAAUUUAAAAUAACCGAAUAGCAAAUGUUGGGUUAAAAUCUUAACAGAGAGAAUUUAUCUCGGAAUUUCAUAACUUGCGGGUUUUUUUUUGCUUUUUAAGCAUCGUUUUAAGCACAGAUCAAUUUUUCUAUAACGAUUACCUCGAUUUAUGCGCAUUACAAGGAAAAUGGAGAACAAUUUAAAAUUGUGGAUCUAAGAUGGCGCAUGGUUCCAGAUCCUUCUUUAGCAAUGAAUGACGAUUUUGUCGGGCACCUUACAAUUUGAAUGGGUUUACUUAUCCUCCGACCAUGCAGUGUUAUUACAAAGUGCGACAAUUUUAUUACAAAAUGCAACGAUUAUUUCGAAGCGCAACAGAACACGGGUCACAACAUUUUUGUAACAUAAAUUGCAUUUUAAACAUUUGCCGUCAGUAUUAUUCGUCUUAAGGCACACUUUGAAAAACUUUUGUGACAACCAUUCAGCCUGCCAGUAAGUUUUGACUAGUAUGAGUCUGACACAUUUUCCAUGCAUUAUCGGUGAUGACAAUUCUUUCAGCCACAGGGUCCUCCUUUUGUACAACGGCUUGGCCGUGCGUCUUCUUGUACGAUCGGAGAUCAGACGUAUCCAGAAAGAUAAAUGUUUGUUCCACCGUCCCUUUGAAAUUUACUAAUGGAAAAGCCCUGCAGGGGAAGACAUCAACAACAACAAUGGGCUUUAUUUGCAUGACCAUACAAGUACAUACAGUAUGGCGAAAGCUAUGUUAAGAACUAAAAUUGCAUCAUAGGGCAACUACGCUACUCUGGUAAUAAUUUGCCGCGAAGAUCAAAGCAAGCUGAAAUAUAUUCUGUGAAUUGUAUACUGAUAAAGUAAUUAGAGGAGUUCAUAUGUUCAUUGAUCAAAGCUUUUAUAGGUAAAUGGGUAAUAUUUGAAAUCAGACUCUUGACUUGAUUGUAAAGUUUAUUCCUAAUCACAGAGUGUAUAGGACAGCGAAAACGAAAGUGAACUUCGUCUUGUAUUAGAUUGGAUCCACAAAAGGGGCAAUGCCUGUUAUCUUUCGUAGUUUGGUUGUAUUUACCUAUAUCUAUCAUUAGUUUGUGAUCGCUUUUUCUUAGUUUUACUAAUAGAGCCCUUCUCCCAGCUGUUGCUCUUGUUAAGUCUAAAUAAUUAAAAGCUAAAUGGUAUGAUCAGCUUCAAAAGAUCUUUAAAGUUCAAGUUUUUGAGAAUGUUGAAAGGUACUUUGCCAAUAUGACAUAUAUUCCUAUUUCAUUGAACUUACAUAGUGAAGUUAGUUGCAGCUUAUGAUACUCCAAUUCAUGAGGAUUUGAGAGUGAUUCAUUAUUUGUUACACUAAGGCUCUUGAUUACACACAUUAUAUACCACUUUCUUGCUCUCCGUGAUUUACUAACCCACCAUCUUUUCCUACAAAUUACCAUUUUACAGUUGUGGGCUUUAAUUUGUACCCUAGACUUGGAAUGAGUGUGAGGCUGAGGAUACAUGAAAACCUCCUCUGUUUUCUUAUGUAAAUUAUGUUUGAAAAAUUAUUAUACUAGUUAGCAUAAGAAAACAAGAUUUAGAUAAAGAAGCAGAAAUGUUAUAGUUAUAUCAAAACAAGGUCCACUCCAGCCUCGUUUCCAUCCAUAACUGUAAAAUGGUCUAUUGAACUCGACGGAGCUACAGUGAUCUCUAAUUGUUUGUGUUUUGUUUUUUGUCUCUUCAGGGUCUGCUGGUUAUCAAUAUUCGACAAAUACCUUCUUAUACUCACUGAAAAACUACUACGGUUAUGGAUAUUUCAAAAAUGACAUAAGCCGCAACUAUCAAUACGCCACGUACAGCAACUAUAACUAUUUUCCAACUUUUGGUGGCUAUGAAAUCUACAUUGCAGAUAAUGCAGGAUACAAUACUAAUUCUCGCUUCGCUGUUUGUCAGGAGUACCGCGGUUCGUAUUGUGACAAUUCUGCCUGGGUUGGAACACAAUAUUUUUCUCCAGAUGAGUUGGAGGUUUAUUACGAAGUCCUUGCUUGA